GGGGCCAUGCUAAUCUUCUCUGUAUCGUUCCAAUUUUAGUAUAUGUGCUGCCGAAGCGAGCACGAAUUCAGCACAACCCGUAGCGCUAUUUAAAGCCUUAGGAAUGCAAUAUAUUCACAAUAGGGUGACUCCAGAGUGGUUCGGUACUGAACGCAGAAUGAGUUUCUUCAAGUGUUUCUCAGCCUUUUUCUCCCUAGUUUUCCUCGGAUUUUCCCUAAAAUGUCCAAAAUCCGCCGAUUAUAUACUUCCUAUUCUGCCCGGUGCGUUCUGGGUAGUUUGUUAUGCUAAUUAACCACUGCACGCCUCUCUCUGGGGGUGUCCGCGGCAGUGCCUGAGCGCGCGGCGCAGGCGCGGCACGGGCAGCCCGCGGAGGGGCCGGGGUCCUGGGAGCGGCGGGAGGCGGCGGCGCCGGUGAGUGCUGCCGGGCCGGGACCCGGAACCGCCGGUGCCAGCCGGGCCCCUCUGUGAGCUUCCCGCCAGCCCCGGCCCCCUCUGUGACCUUCCCGCCAGCCCCGAGAGCCUCCGACGCCUCGCCGAGUCCGUCCCCAGGACGCUCCCGCCCGCCGUAGGGACCGAGGCUCUCCGGUGUCCCGUGUCCGGUGUCCCGUUCGGGCCGGGCCGGCGGGAUGGACCUGGCCUACGUGUGCGAGUGGGAGAAGAAGCCCAAGAGCAACCACUGUCCCUCCAUCCCGCUGGUGUGCGCCUGGUCCUGCCGCAACCUCAUCGCCUUCACCACCGACCUCCGCAAUGAGGAGGAGAAAGAUCUCACCCACAUGGUUCACAUCAUCGACACCGAGCACCCCUGGGACGUCUACUCCGUGAACUCGGGCCACACUGAGGUCAUCACGUGCUUGGAGUGGGAUCAGUCAGGCUCCAGGCUGCUCUCGGCAGAUGCUGAUGGCCACAUCAAGUGCUGGAGCAUGACAGAUCACCUGGCCAACAGCUGGGAGAACACGGUGGGCAGCGUGGUGGAGGGGGACCCCGUGGUGGCCCUGUCCUGGCUGCACAACGGUGUCAAGCUGGCUCUGCACGUGGAGAAGUCUGGAGCCUCCAACUUCGGCGAGAAGUUUUCCCGGGUGAAGUUCUCUCCGUCGCUGACUCUGUUUGGCGGGAAGCCCAUGGAGGGCUGGAUUGCUGUGACCAUCAGCGGGCUGGUCACCGUGUCCCUCCUCAAGCCCAACGGGCAGGUGCUGACGGCCACCGAGAGCCUGUGCCGCCUGCGCUGCCGCGUGGCCUUGGCCGACGUCGCCUUCACGGGCGGGGGCAACAUCGUGGUGGCCACGUCCGACGGCAGCAGCACGUCCCCCGUGCAGUUCUACAAGGUGUGUGUCAGCGUGGUGAACGAGAAGUGCAAGAUUGACACCGAGAUCCUGCCCUCGCUCUUCAUGCGCUGCACCACCGACCCCGCGCGCAAGGACAAGUACCCGGCCAUCACCCACCUGAAGUUCCUGGCUCGGGACAUGUCAGAGCAGGUGCUGCUUUGUGCUUCCAACCAAAACAACAGCAUUGUGGAGUGCUGGUCCCUGAGGAAGGAGGGCCUGCCUGUCAACAACAUCUUCCAGCAAAUCUCUCCUGUGGUGGGAGACAAGCAGCCCAUGAUCCUGAAGUGGCGGAUCCUGUCUGCCACCAACGACCUGGACCGGGUGUCGGCCGUGGCGCUGCCAAAGCUGCCAAUCUCCCUGACCAACACCGACCUGAAGGUGGCAAACGACACCAAGUUCUUCCCUGGACUGGGCCUGGCCUUGGCUUUCCACGAUGGCAGUGUCCACAUCGUGCACCGGCUGUCCCUGCAGAUGAUGGCCGUGUUCUACGGCUCCUCCUCGCAGCGCCCCGUGGACGAGCCAGCCCUCAAGCGCCCACGCACCACGGGGCCCCUGGUGCACUUCAAGGCCAUGCAGCUCUCCUGGACAUCACUGGCCCUGGCUGGUGUGGACAGUCACGGGAAGCUGAGCAUGCUCCGCAUCUCCCCCUCCAUGGGCCACGUGCUGGACAUGAACAUGUCCCUGAGGCACUUGCUGUUCCUGUUGGAGUACUGCAUGGUGACCGGCUACGACUGGUGGGACAUCCUGCUCCACGUCCAGCCCAGCAUGGUGCAGAACCUGGUGGAGAAGCUGCACGAGGAGUACAUGCGUCAGAACGCGGCCCUGCAGCAGGUGCUCUCCACACGCAUUGUUGCCAUGAAGGCAUCCCUGUGCAAGCUCUCCUCCAGCACCAUUGCCCGUGUGUGUGACUACCACGCCAAGCUCUUCCUCAUCGCCAUCAGCUGCACCCUGAAGUCGCUGCUGCGCCCACACUUCCUCAACACCCCUGACAAGAGCCCCGGGGACCGGCUCACCGAGAUCUGCUCCAAGAUCACGGAUGUAGACAUUGACAAGGUGAUGAUUAACCUGAAGACAGAAGAGUUUGUCCUGGAGAUGACGACGUUGCAGUCCCUGCAGCAGCUCAUCCAGUGGGUGGGGGAUUUUGUGCUCUACCUGCUGGCCAGCCUCCCCAACCAGGGCUCCCCGGUGCGCCCUGGGCACAGCUUCCUGCGCGACGGCGCGUCCCUGGGCAUGUUCCGGGAGCUGAUGGUGGUCAUCCGCAUCUGGGGGCUGCUGAAGCCCAGCUGCCUCCCCGUGUACACAGCAACCUCGGACACCCAGGACAGCAUGUCCCUGCUCUUCCGCCUCCUGACCAAGCUCUGGCUGUGCUGUCGUGAGGAAAAUCACAUCACAGAGCCCGAUGAUGCCCUGAUCGACGAGUGCUGCCUCCUGCCCAGCCAGCUGCUCAUUCCCAACAUUGACUGGCUGCCCAUCAACGAUGGCAUCAUCAGCAAGCUGCAGAACAAGCAGCUGGUCCGGCUGCAGUUUGGGAAGGCUCCCGGGCUCGUUGGCCACACUGUCUCUUCCCAGUUCGAUGCCUUUGUCAGGGCCCCUGGACAGCCCAAAAUUGACCACCUGAGGCGGCUGCACCUGGGUGCAUACCCAACAGAGGAAUGCAAGUCCUGUACCAGGUGUGGCUGUGUCACCAUGCUGAAGUCACCCAACAAGGUGACAGCAGUGAAGCAGUGGGAGCAGCGCUGGAUCAAGAACUGCCUGUGUGGGGGGCUGUGGAGGAAGAUGCCCCUCAGCUACUCCUGAGCCCUUCCUGGGGUGCAGUGAGGGCCAAGAGCUGCACAGGGCUCCCUUCAUGGAGGUUUUGGGACAAGGGAAUGGCAGCUCCUCUCCCUCGUGCUGCAAAAGCUGCUGCUGCUCGACCUUGGUUGAGCUGUGCUGGAAAACAGAGCUGAGGGAGCUCUGCCUCUUAGCAGGGAAGAGCUGGAGAGGAAUGCCAGAGGUUUCCCCCUCAUUUGGGGCCCAGGAGGGAGAGCCUGGCUGUGUUUUGUGUCUGUGCCAGCAGAGCAGUGAUGUCCUGGCAGCUGCCCUGGCCUGGGCAGUGGUGAUGGGGCAGCUGGUGAGAACAAAGUCCCAGCUGAGGGGGGCACAGCUGGUACCUCACAUCCAUCCUGUGCCUCCAGCUACUUGGGAAGUGCCACGUGGGCUGGGCACUCCUGAUCCCUCAGCAAACUUGUCCCUGAGACAGGAGUUGGCUCCUGUGUGCCCAUCAGUGUUGGAUGGGAGCAGGAAUAUAUGCCCUGCCCUGCCCCUCACUCCAGCUGCUGCCUGGAGUGAACCCUGUCCUUGCCUCUUGCUGUUGUAAAUAAAAAUUCUCCUGAUUUUGUACAGAAGCAUGUGGCUUGUUUCUGUGGUGUGACGUGGCUGCCCAGUGUGGGGCUGGGGCAGUGGAGCCACGGGAGGGCUGCCAGAGCAUCUGUCAGGAAAGGAACCACCAUCAUUGGAAAAAGGGGAAAUGGAUGUUUUCAAGGUUCACCUUAUGGACACUCGAGGAAAAAAAAAUCAGAUCCUUGGGGUUGUGCAAGCCUCCAGCUUCAGCAAGGCUGGACACUUGAGCAUACCAGAGGAGGAACAUCCUGGUGCAGCCAAAAAUCAGAUUUUUGCCCUGCCUUGCCCUCGGCUGCUGCUGCCCUGAGCAGGAAAUCACAACCUCCUGGAGCCAGCGUGGCUGUGCCUGGGGAGCCCCAGCCCUGGGGCUGAUCUGGGCCUGCUCCUCUCCCACGGGUCCUUCAGCUCUUAGGGGGAUAAACCUGGAGCCUUCUGCUGCUGCAUCCCAGCCAGCAAUUCCCGGUCCCCACAGACCGUUUAAGAGGGGGAGUGAGCCAGUCUUAGUACGUUCCUUUCCCUCUGGAGCCAUGAUUUCAUUAUUCUUGAGAACUGGAGCUGGUGACAAGAGUUCAUCCCUAGACUCCAGCAAAUGUUUCACUGCACAGAGCUGUAAGAGCUGUACAGACCUCUCCCCCUCUCUGCUCUGCUGGUAAUUAGGGACAAUCAAAUGGCUAAUUAGGAAACUGCACCUUAUUAAGACUCUUUUCCCCUGUAAGUAAAAUUCAAACCAGGCCCUCUGUGAGUCCUCAUAGAACAGGUUUGGGGUUAUUUAAUGUUUGAUUUGGAACAGGGAACAGCAGCAGAGCAGGGGGAUGGAGACACAUUCGUGUCCCCCUCAGCCCCCUGCUGACCACGGAGCUCCUGGGAUGGGACUGGAAGGGUCUGGCAGUCCCCUGGGGCCCUGCUGCUCCCAGCUCUUGUGCCUUGGCCCUGCUCCCUCCAAAGACAGGGCUGUGGGAGAGCAGGGCUCUGGAGGUGACCAGAGUGUGGUGGGAAGAUGGCUCUGCCCUGCCCUGCCCCUCAGCUCCUGCAACCAGAGGGUCCCAGUGAGAAUCCUGCAGGGUUCCAGCACGGAUCCCACCGUGGGAGCCAGAGCUGGCACUGCCAUAUCAGCAACAGGCAGGUUCUGCUUUCCCAAAUGUUCACACAGUGACCCUGUGGGAGGCCCCAGAUCUCCAUGGUGGUGUGGCUACACUGCAGGAUGUGUCCCCUGCUCCCACCCGAGG